UGACCUUUCGUCCUGUAGUAUUGACGCAUAUGGUUACCAUUUUGAAUAUCUUCUGUAACAUCAAUUGGAAUAUGGAGCUUCUGGUACCGACAGUUUCAGAUAUUAUUUUCAAAUAUACCUGGUCCAUAGCUAAUUAUAAGAAAACAAUAUCGAAAAGCAGUUCAAUCGAUAGUCCACAUUUCGAAUUGAAUGUUAAUGGUAUUCACAGUUCUUGGAAUUUAUCAAUAAGAUUUUGGAAAGGACCCGAGGGCAAGAGAAUCACAAACCCAGUAGUUUUGUGUUUGAAUAUCUUAAAUUGCAUCGUUGAGGAAGUUGAACAAGUUAAAAUUCGUUUUCAAUUUGGUGUAUUUAAUGCCGAUGUCAAACACUGGGAAUAUUGUCACGUUAGUAGAACGGUAUUGGAAUUAAAAUCAAACAAUGAGAUUAUUUCACUUGGAUAUAGAGAUUUGUCCAUUGUCGACAGACACCUGAAGAAAAAUGGUGAAGUCGAUUUGAUGGUCAAAAUACAAAUAAUACAAUGUGAGAGUGAAAAACAUAAUUUGUCUCAGGAUAUGGCCAAAUUGUUGAAACAUCCACGUACAGCUGAUACCAAAUUAAUCUGUGGUGGAUUGUCUGGUACAGUAAUACCAGUACACAGCAGCAUAAUUAUUGCUCGUAGUAACGUUCUAGCUGAAAUGUUAUCACCCAUAUCCGAUUAUUCAAAAAAUAACGAGCUACAAUUGGAAAGAGAUGAAGACAAAAAUGAAUACAUGGAAGUACGCUUUCGACGCUACUCGAUGCCAAUCACUAAAAAUCUUUAAUCGUCGAAAAGCAAACGAAAAUGCUCCAACUAUCUUACAUUAGUUUUUCUUUUCCAACGAUAUUUGUUCUCAUUGGAAUUAUUAGAUAUCUGCAAGGAAACGAUAGAUGAGCUUUUACGAUACAUUUACAGUGAUCACGUCGAUAAUUUGGAUAAUCUAGCACCGCAAUUAUUAUGUUUAGCGGAACGUUUUUGUCUACAAGGUUUGAAAGAACUUUGUGAGAGGAAUUUAAUCGAAACUAUAACACCUGAUAAUGUUGCUAGCAGACUUUUAAUAGCAGACGAAUAUAGUUGUGAAUCAUUGAAGAGAGCAAGCUUAGCUUAUUGCGAAGAAAAUAUAACAGUACUUAAUAAAAGUUUAGCUUGGAAGAUGAUGGAACAAGUGAAUCCUGAAUUAUUCAAUGAAGUUUGCGAAGCUGGAAUGGGAAGUUCUAGAUCUAGUAAUAUAGAUGAUAGUGAAUUAAGUAAUUAAAGUUGAAUAUGAUGACUUAUUUCAAUGAUCCACUUUAGUGAUAAUUCAUGUGAUUAUUGUAUAUUAUAUUUUAAGAUUACUUCAUUCGUUUAUUUUAAUU